AUACUGAAGCUAAUUAAAAUUUACUUAAAGACUUUUGUACCAACUAGUUUUAUAAAUCAAUUUUUUGAAAUAGUUUGGAUUUUUAUAUUAAUUCGGCUUAAAAAGUACAGCCCUGACAUCUUUAUAACUUCAGGUAUUUCACUCUUAUUCUUGCAAGGUUCGCCAGCAGGCGUUCGCCCUUGCAGAGCAGCGCCACGUUAAAUCGGCAGUUUUCAGGGGGGAGAUUCGUAUGGAGUUCGGAGGCGACUUUAGCCUUCUUGUUUGGACCGGAGCAGACCGAUCAGGAGGUCAUGCUGACCACGAUGAACACAUGAAGUCAUUUUUUAAGAGAAGGCUGAUUUGUGGUCUGCAGGAAUAAUGAGUGAACCCUUGUCCUGUUCCAGCAGAGGAUUGAAGCCAUGGAUUUAUUCAAGCAGCAGAAUGUGGAGGAUUUCUAUGAGAUUGGAGAAGAACUGGGCAGUGGGCAGUUUGCCAUCGUGAAGCAAUGCAGAGAGAGAAGCUCGGGUCUGGAAUAUGCUGCCAAGUUCAUCAAGAAACGGCAGAGCAUGGCGAGCUCCCGUGGAGUCCGGCGGGAGGAAAUCGAGCGGGAGGUGACCAUCCUGCAGCAGGUCCAGCACCCGAACAUCGUCACUCUGCAUGACAUCUACGAGAACCGCACUGACGUGGUGCUCAUCCUGGAGCUGGUCUCUGGCGGAGAGCUCUUUGACUUUCUGGCCCAGAAGGAGUCUCUGAGCGAGGAGGAGGCCACUCAGUUCAUCAAGCAGAUCCUGGAAGGGGUGAACUACCUCCACACCAGGAAGAUCGCCCACUUUGACCUGAAGCCAGAAAACAUAAUGCUGCUGGACAAGAAUGUGGCGCUGCCGAGGAUCAAACUCAUUGAUUUCGGCCUCGCCCACACGAUCGAAGCCGGAGUUGAGUUCAAGAACAUCUUUGGAACACCGGAGUUUGUAGCUCCAGAGAUCGUGAACUACGAGCCGCUGGGCCUGGAGGCGGACAUGUGGAGCAUUGGAGUGAUCACUUACAUCCUGCUGAGCGGGGCGUCUCCGUUCCUGGGGGAGACCAAACAGGACACGCUGUGGAACAUAUCAGCCGUGAACUAUGAGUUUGAUGAGGAGUUCUUCGGUCACACAAGCGACCUGGCCAAGAAGUUCAUCAGCCAGCUGCUGGAGAAAGAUAAGAUGAAAAGAUUAAGGAUUCAGGAUGCUCUUAGUCACCCAUGGAUCAAGUCCAACGAGCUCAGAGAGGAAAAUAAAGCCCAGGAGCUAAAGAAAGGGGAGCGCCGGCAGCUGAAGACCAAACGUCUGAGGGAAUACACCAUCAAGUCGCACUCCAGCAUGCCUCCAAACAACACCUACGUGAACUUUGAGCGCUUUGCUCAGGUGGUGGAGGACAUUGACCAGAUGGAGAACUCAUUCUCCAGCCUGGCGGCGGCUCACGACUCUUUGCAGGAGGACAUCGAUGCCUUGGUCUCAAUAUACAAUGAGAAGGAAGCCUGGUACAAGGAGGAGAGCGAAGCCGUACGGCACGAGCUCUCCCAGAUCCGCUACGAGUUCAGGAAGGUGGAGGCGUCGAAGAGAAGCCUGCAGGACGACAUGCAGGGGUUCAGCUGCAGCCUCGCUGCUGUCGGCGAGCGCUUCCAGGAGAGGCAGGGUCACUUCGACGCCCUGCGCCUGGAGCUCAGCAACGAGCUGAAGUGGGUGCAGGAGGUGGUGGGCUCCCUCCCAGUGGACGGAGGAGGUGGAGGGUAUCCCAACUGUAGCUUCACCACUGUCUUCAACAACGAUGUGAACGAAGCUCUCAAGGAGCUCCUGAACCGCUCCUGUGGAGGAGAACUGCUGUCAGGAAUCAACCUGGACUUCACUGAGACCGGACAACAGCGAUAAAAACCCAGGUCCAGAUUCAGAAAGCUGAAACAAGACGAAGCCCGAUCCAUUCAAUGUUAGGCAACAGAUUCACCAACUGGAAAACCUGAGGAACUUUUGUUCUUCCAGUGCUGAAAACAUCUGAUCCUGAAGGCACGAUUCAGCUGGGAAAAGGACAACACUAUGAUGUCACACAUCGGCCAGGACAUGGAGGCUCUUUGCAGGGUCCCAGUGACAUCUUCUCACCUUCCAACAUUACAUCUGACAGAGAGGGAGAGUUCCCCGGCUGGUUUGAGAAAGAUCCAAAUUCCAUCGCACAGGUGGUUCCUGGACAGAACGUGGUGGUUCUGUAUCUAUGAAUUUAAGGUUGUUACGCAGUCUGGAAAAGUUUGGAAAAGAAUGGAAUUUAAUUUCAGCUUUUUCCAGGUCUGAAUAAACAUGGAAAAAUAAAACAAGAGUAUGGAAAAUA